AUGUUUUUGCAAGAAGAAAUGAAUGACAAAUUGAAUGAUUCUAAUGACCCUGAGAGAAUGUCAAGGAGGAAGCUUCGUUUGGCUAUGCAACCGAGUAUUGCAAAGUUAAAGGAGUCUACGCGUCGCCCUGACGUCGUUGAAUGGGCAGAUGUAACUUCAAGAGAUCCAUUUAUACUUGUGGCACUAAAGUCUUACCGCAAUACUGUACCCGUUCCUCGUCAUUGGAAUGCCAAACGAAAAUACUUAUCUGGGAAACGCGGAUUCGAACGCCCUCCUUUUGAACUCCCUGACUUUAUCAAACGUACUGGCAUCCAGGAUAUGCGUGAAGCUUUGUGGGAAAAGGAAGAGAAUCAAAAUCUCAAAUCGAAAAUGCGUGAACGUGCCCGCCCAAAGUUGGGAAAAAUUGAUAUUGACUACCAGAAGUUGCAUGACGCUUUCUUCAAGUGGCAGACGAAACCACCAAUGACUAUGAUGGGCGAACUCUACUACGAAGGAAAGGAAGUGGAGACACUAAUGAAGGACAAAAAGCCGGGAAAUCUUUCCGAUGAACUGAGGAUUGCUCUUGGAAUGCCAGUUGGACCGAACGCUCACAAAUUUCCUCCUCCAUGGCUUAUCGCCAUGCAGCGUUAUGGUCCACCUCCAAGUUAUCCAAAUAUUCGCAUUGCUGGACUGAAUGCUCCUAUCCCUGAAGGAUGCGCAUUCGGCUAUCAUGCGGGAGGAUGGGGUAAACCACCAGUUGAUGACUAUGGCAAGCCGCUGUAUGGUGAUGUGUUCGGACAAGAGCCUGCAAGUCAAGUGGAGCCUGAGGAUGAGACCCGCAUUGAACGUCGAUAUUGGGGAGAGAUUGGCUCGGACGACGAUUCCGAUGAGGAAAGUGAAGCGGAAGAAGAAGAAGAUGCCGAUAUAGAUGGCAUUGCGACACCCCUGACAGAAGGAAUGGCUACUCCAAGUGGUAUCACCACUGGAGUAACAGGAUUGGAAACGCCUGACACUAUUGAGCUGCGAAAAGGAAGACGUGUCGAAGAGAGUUUGGCUGGUGCGGACACUCCUGCAGCGGCUUACCACAUCAUUCCGGAGAAGCGCGUAGAUCGUGUUGGAGGGCAAAUGAUGGCCUCAACCCAUGUGUACGACUUGUCGAAAAAAGUUGGCGUUUCCGAUGGCGGUGUAGAGGUUUCCCUCGAUCCUGACGCAAUCGAUCUAGAUCAAGGAAAGCUACAGGAGAAAUACGAUGAACAACUCAGGAAACAGACCAGAGGUGACGAUCGUGAAGACUUAUCGGAUAUGGUGGCGGAACAUGCGGCUGGACAAAAUCGGAAGAGAAAAGCACAAGAACAGAAAAAACAGACUCAUCAAAGUAAAAAAUACAAGGAUUUCAAGUUUUAG